CUUUUGUUAAGUUCAAACUUGAGCUCCAUUACUCCAGCCAGGGGCUCUUCUAUUUGCUGAUCACUCGUUUGGCUAAGCCUACAACGGAAAUGAGUCUUACUUCCUCAAUAACUCCCCUCUUUACAACCCCAAGAUUUUCAGCUAAAUCUUCCGCACUUCAUUUUCAAUUCGCCAUCUCCAACUCUUGUCGUUCAUCCAAUAUCGUCCUAUCCUUCUCUUCAUCAAGUUAUGGCUUUUGCUGCAGAGCAAUUCCUACAACUUCUACGCCCUCUCCUUAUGGAGCUCCAACUAAAGCCCAUCAACAUUGGAUGGUUCUCGUGGAACCUCCCCCUCAAGGCUUCACUUCGAGGUCUCAAAUCAUCAAUUACUAUGUCAAAACCCUAGAGAGAGUAUUGGGCAGGUUUCUUCUGCAGCCAUAUCACAUUCUAAUUUUAUUAAAGAUGCUUUAUUUAUUUACUUGUAUCUUAAUGAUUAGUUUCAUGAAAUUUGGUUCCCUCCCCAUGGAAUUUGAAGAUGGCCAAAAUACUUACAGGCUUUCUGAAUUAAAUUGUUGGUUGCCGCAAUGCUGCAGAUUUCCCCAGCCCGGGAUGCUUGGUGGCAGUGAUUAGGAAAGGGGAGAAUUUACCCUUACACUUGAUAAAAUGUAUAAGUUGUAUGAUGGAAUUCACGACUAUAUUGGUUCUAUUAAUAAUAAAUACAGUGCAUUAUGCAUAUGAGGCUUAUAUCUGACUCAUAGUCCUACAAUAGGAAAGAGAAUCACAUAAAAAAAGAGAAAUUAAUAAUAUAAUAAGUAAAAGAUUACUACUACCUCUGUCCCGCUUAAAAGUUCUCAUUGCAAAAUGGCACGGUUAUUUAGAUAGUAAUUAAGUAAAGUAAUUCGAGUAUAUUUGGAGAAAUAGUUUUGAUGGAUAUAUUAUAUAAUGGGCUCAUUGAUGAUAACUGUGUUGUUGGAGAUGUAUUCUUUUUUAUAUUUGAUGAUUAAAUUGUCAUUUAAGAGUAUUAAUUGUUUCCUAAAAUAGAAAUGGGAACUUUUAUAGGGGACGUCCAAAAAGGAAAGCGAGAACCUUAGAAUGGAACGGAUGAAGUACUAUAUACAUAAUGUCCUAAUAUGGAUUUUUUAUAUGCACUUUAGUAAUUAAUGGUUCAUAUAGAUUUUUCAGGGGAUUAAGAAGAAAAUAGAACAGUUAGUGAAUAGUGUAGACCGAUGUUCACAGUUAGUGAACAGUUAGGAGAGAAUAAAUGAAAAAAAUUGAAAGAGAAAGUUAAAAAAAAAAGUAAGAUGACGAUGUGAGGUGAAAGUGACCCAUAGUUGUCGAUGGCGUGAAAUGGCGCGCGCGCCAUGCGCCAUGAGGCGCACUUAUCACCCCUGCGCUACGUAAAAGGCCUGUGGCGAGGCAUAUACACAUGGCGUCGCCAUUCCUGCGCCUUCGCCAUGGCGUUGGGCGAACAAAUCCUUACCUUAUUCGCAAGUAGAACUGCAUUGGCAGGCCCAGAACAAGAUAAAAUAAAUUGAGGCCUUAAUUUUUUAGCAAGCUAAUUUAAUUAAGGCUUUAGGCUUAAUAUUAAAAGUCGUAUACCCAAGCCCAGACUAAUACCCAAGCCAAAGUCAUAUACCCGAGUCACACGCAGGAAUCAAACGAAUACGAAUAAGACGAAGGGAACUCACAGAGUCGCCCUUCCUCUGUCCCUCGCGGAAGCAGAGCCGCAGAACUUCCCAUUCCCAGGACCUCGAUCUUUUUAAGUUGUGUAUUUAUAGUUUUGUUGUUUUAACUGUGAUACUUCUAUUUUAAAAUAACCUUCUAUGAUAUACUUCACCUUUUGUUUUGAUUAGUUUUUUAAUUUUAAUUCUCAUUAAUAAACCUUGUUUUCAAUUAUAAAUGUAAGUUUCUUUUGCAUUUUUUUUAAUUGUGAGUUUUAAUUCUAAUUUAUAUACAAUAUAUAAUUAUAUAUAUAAAUAUAGUUAUAUAUAAAUAUAUAGUUAUAUAUAUAUAAAUAAAAUGAAUAAAGAUGCUAGCAAACCAAGGUGAUGAGAACUGAGGAGUGUGACAAUUGAUGAUGAUUAUGGAAUAAUUAUCAAACAAAAAAAAGCUAAUAUAUUUUGAAAGACAUGGAGCUUUUUUUUUUAAUAUUAUGUUUUUGGAACUACUUUAAACUAUUUGAAUGUCACAUGUUUUGGUUAGAAUGUUGUUAUUCAACUUGUUUAUCAUAUUUUGGUGGCUGGGGAUACAAUUGUAGUGUUUAUAAUUCACUUUUUUAGCUUUUUUUAUUUUUGUCACGUGGCGACGCCAUAUUUGCGCCAUCGCCAUCGCCAUGGAAAAAUGCAUGUGCGCCAUGUAUGUCGCCAUGCGCCAUGACAACUAUGAAGUGACCAAUAAUGAAAUUGGAACAAAUAAUAAAGCACUUCUCAAGAUGAAAUAUGGAACAAAUAAUAAAAUAGUAAGGGGGUAAUAUUAUUCCUGAGGCUAUCCAGUUUUUUUUUAAUUUCUUGAAAGCUUGUCUGGGUGUUAGAAUAUACCUCAGGAAAGCUGUUUCAUUAAUUUUAGUUCUUCUUCUUCUUUCUCUCUUUGGUUUAUAAAGUGAGAGAGACGCUCAAAUGUGUAUAUAUGCUUCUUCUUAUGAAGCAAAUUUUGGGUUUUACUGCGACAUUACUGAAGAGGAAGCUCAAAAGCUAGCAGGUAGUGUUUUAUCUUCAGGUUUGGAAUUCUUUAAUAGAAAAUCAUUAGUUUUACUUUACCUCGAGUCUCCUGUAGGAUUUAUGCUUUCUAUCCUGUCAUUCUUUAGUACAAAUAAAUUGUCAAUGCUCAAUUCGUGUUUCUGAAUCAUAGGUUUACCCAAUGUAUUAUCAGUUAAGCACGAUCCCUGUUAUAACUCUGAUGAAAAGGAUUACAGUCUGCCAAGUUCUUUAUCAAACAUGGGUAGCUCAUUACUAUUCCCAAUUGGAACAUCUAAACGCUGGUGUGUCCGUACCAGCAGGCCAGCUGUUGAAGUCUCUGGAAAGGCACCAUUAGUUGACUAUUAUGUUCAGAUUCUAGCAGAAGUUCUUCGAAAGUGUGUAAAUGUUUCUAUUUCUUUGUACUUCUUUGCUCUUAUGUUUGGGUAUAUUUAAACAAUGGCAUCUUAAAGGCAGUAUGACCUUAAUUGGUUAGUGAGAAGGAUGCUCAAAUGUGCUUGUAUCAUGUACUAUGGGGUUCUGAAUAUGGAUUUUGUUGUGAAUUAGAUGAAGAAUGUGCACAAGAGUUAGCAGGUAAGAAUCCUUAGUUAUCACUACUUGUGUGAAAAAAAUGCCACGUUUUCCCAGCAUAUAACUUUUACUUUUGGUAGAAUACAACUCUCAUAAAUAGUACCUAUGCUUAUAUUUUAUAAAUUAAUUUGUUGUUGUAACCAAAUCUAUCGUAUGUGACUUGUCCUCCAUGACUGUUUUGAAAAAUUACAUUAAAAACUAGUUUCGUUUGAUCAAACUGAACUCUUUAUUUGGUAUGUAGUACAUAAUAACUAUCAGAAGAUGGUUUUUAGUGGAACUUCAUCUUGGUAAGUGUACUCGAUUGAUCUAGUGCAGCUGUACCGGGAGUUUUGUCUGUCCACCCAGAUGAUGAGUUUGUGUCAGAUAAGGAAGAUUACAAAGGUGGAAGCUCAAAGUAUAUUGAUGAUUCCAAAGAUUCUUCAACAUCAAAUGUUAAAACCAAGAAACUUUUUGUGACUGGUCUAUCAUUCUAUACAUCCGAGAAAACAUUGCGUGCAGCGUUUGAAGGGUAUGGGAAGCUUGUUGAAGUUAAAAUAAUCGUGGACAAGAUUUCCAAGAGGUCAAAAGGCUAUGGUUUUUUGGAGUACACAACAGAAGAGGCCGCAACUGCUGCUCUCAAUCAGAUGAAUGGCAAGAUUAUUAAUGGGUGGAUGAUCACGGUCGAUGUCGCAAAGAAGAAUCCGCCAAAAUAUAAUCGAGGGAGCUCAGGUCUAAUUAGCUGACAUUUUCCUAGCACUUUGGUUGUCUUGGCAUUCAGUUACCAGCAGUCAAAGAAACCCUUUUUUCUAUACAACGGAACAGUGCGAGAUUCAGCUAGUUUACCGCAAAGAAAAAUGCAGUGUCUUAUAGUGUUGCAGCCAAAGAGCACUGGUGUACAGGUGUACUAUUGUACAACCACCAUACUAUGUUAUUUACUAUUGGGCCAAAUACCCAAAAAUGCCACUGAAUAUCCAACAGAAAAAACCGUGAUGACCACCUAACGUUCAUCAUCAUCAAACAUCUAUCUUAUUUAAUCCUAGAUUAAUUUACAUAAUGCAUAAUGACCAUAAAAUUAAAAAAAAAAACACUUUGAUCUUGGACAUGCCAG